UUUCCUUCGUUUUGCAAGCCGCAUGACAGAGUUUGAUAUUGUCAAUAUCCUUUGAUAAAAUGGCUUUAACAAUUUCAAAAAAACGCAAGUUUGUUGGAGAUGGAGUUUUCAAAGCUGAGUUGAAUGAACUUUUGACUCGUGAACUUGCUGAAGAUGGAUAUUCUGGUGUGGAAGUGCGUGUCACUCCACAAAGGACUGAAGUCAUUUUGAUGGCUACUCAUACCCAGAGUGUUUUGGGAGAAAAAGGUAGAAGAAUUCGAGAACUGACCUCUGUUGUGCAGAAGAGAUUUGGUUUCAAAGAUGGAUGCAUUGAACUUUAUGCUGAAAAAGUUGCUACAAGAGGUUUGUGUGCUAUUGCACAAGCUGAAUCGCUGAGAUACAAGCUUAUUGGAGGGCUGGCAGUACGUAGAGCUUGCUAUGGUGUACUCCGUUUUAUCAUGGAGUCUGGUGCUAAGGGUUGUGAAGUUGUUGUCAGUGGUAAACUUCGUGGUCAACGUGCUAAAUCUAUGAAGUUUGUUGAUGGACUUAUGAUUCACUCCGGUGACCCAACAAAUGAAUAUGUAAACUCAGCUACAAGACACGUACUACUCAGACAGGGUGUUCUUGGAAUUAAGGUAAAAAUUAUGUUGCCUUGGGAUCCAGCAGGCAAGAACGGACCCAAAAAACCACUUCCAGACAAUGUUAUUGUCCAAGAGCCUAAGGAAGAACAAGUUUUUACCGCUCCAGUUUCUGAAACUAAAAUGGUUCCACCUGUAGCUCAGAUAGCGCCAAUGCCUGCACAAAUUCCAGUUGCUUGAAUUUUUCAA